AUGGAAAAGCAAACACCGGUUCAAUCCAGGCGGAAGCACACCACUUUGUCGUUGAAUAAGAAGCUCGAAAUAAGAGAAUUAAUAGAGAAGCGCGGUGAAAAAAUCGAAAUUUUGGCUAGAUCCUACGGCGUUGGAAGGAGCACAAUUUAUGACAUCUAUAAACAGAAGGAAAGGAUCAAGUGCUCUUCAGAUAAGCUGAGCGCUUCAGGGCUUAAAACCAGGCGUACCACGAAGCUGGCACUCUACCCACAGAUGGAGGAAGCUUUGUUUAUCUGGGUACUGCAACAACGUUUGCAGCAGAACGUUAUCACACCCGACGUAGUGAAAACAAAAGCAGAAUUUUUUUUCGCGCAUCUCCAGGAUCCAUCCGAAAAGUUUACGGCUUCCAACGGAUGGUACAAUCGUUUUCGUGCUCGACAUGGACUAAAGAUGAUUUCCCUCUCCGGCGAAAGAGCGUCCGCGGAUAUAGCAGCAUUCGAGAAUUUCCGUGAACUGUUUUCAGAUCUCGUUGCGACACUAGAUCUGUCUCCCUCGCAAAUAUAUAAUGCCGACGAAUCCGCUUUGUUUUUGAAGCUUCUACCAAAUCGCACAAUCGCUCUGCAAGAUGAAGAUAUUGCUGCCGGUCGGAAAGUAAUUAAAAAUCGUUGUACUUUCAUGCCAUGUGCAAACAGCGAUGGAACGCAUAAGCUACCACUGAUGUUCCUGGGAACAGCGGAAAAUCCCAGAUGCCUGCCACGUGAUAAAUCUCAAUUGCCUGUGUAUUACAAACACAGUAAGAAAGCCUGGACGAAUAGAUCGCUUUUUAACGAGUGGUUUCACACGCAGUUUGUUCCGUUGGUUCAAGCGUUUUCGAUCCAACAAGGUAUUGAACCAAAAGCAUUACUCCUAUUGGCUCAUCACGAGGGAUCAAAAGCGUUGGAAUCAGAAGACGGGUUGAUCAGUGUCGUGUUUCUUCCUCCAAAUUGUACCUCUGAGGGACAACCUAUGGAUCAAGGAGUAAUCAAUGCGAUCAAAAAAAGGUAUAAGAAAAAGCUUUUGUUGAAUGUGGUCUUGGCAGCCGAUGAAUUCUCGGUAGAUGACCGUUUGAAAAAGAUAUCACUGGCGGAAUCGAUUGAGUGGGUGGCAGAGGCUUGGGAUAAAGUUUCUGCAUGA